UAGAAUAAAGGUUAAAGGUCAUCUGCAUGGACGCUAGAAGAUAAGCAGCCGGCAUUUCGCGACCGCAAGGCCGAUAGUGGUUUAGGCCAGCAAUGUAGUUACAGUUGCAGAUUUUGUUUUACAAAACUUCACGUACUCCUUAAGUGAGAAAAUUAUUGGAGGGCUUCUGAGAAAUGGCUGCAGGAAAUCAACCGGAACUUUUUCGGAACAACGCGGAUCUCAACAUGAACCGCUACCAGAUGCCGGGGUACACGGGAUAUUUUCCCGGGAAGAACACAUAUCUCGGUGUGUCCCGAGGGCGGGCAACGCAGGCCGCUCUGGAACGUGGAGGCUAUUUCAGUCAUGGCGGUGCACAUAGUCUUAUCGAACCUAACCAGCGAGAUCCGCGCCUGGUACACCUGGCUAAUGUGGAGGCGGUCGACCGGAAGGAGCAUUUCGACCUGAAAGACCACCUACAAGGAGGACAGCCGGUGUAUCGCGAUCAAAUGAUACCUGGUUACACGGGUCACAACCCAUGUAUCGUGGACAAAGUUGGUCGGAGGUUUGCGCAGCGUUGUCUGGAUGGGACGUUGGAGUUUGAGCGGAUCCGUGCCGGAAUUCCCCGCUACCGUCUCCGCUUGCAUGAUCCCAACGCUACCGGCAUGCAGCUGAUCGGUGGCCGUGACCACCAGUACACCGAGGUCAUCAAUCGUGACCUGGUUCCCAUCGAUGCCACCACACCGGAAUUCACUCCGCGCUUCUUGGGGCAUAAUCAUGAGCAGAUAAUCGCGCAGUAUGGACUGGGAUUGCUGGAAAAAACAUUCUCCCAGUUCGAUAAAGCUAAGCAAGUUCAGAAAGAAAUAAGAGUGCGCCCCAGCGCACAUAGUGACUAUGGCGGGCUUCCAUUUUCCGCACCCACCGCUAUCAGUUAUAUGGAAGGAGCCCUUACUCCUAACAGCCACCAUACUAUACUGCAGUACGAGCCGGUAAUUCUUCCACCUGUCAAGCAUCCUCAUCUCGUCCCUCAGCUGGUGCAGAUCGAACAACCGAAAACAAUGGAUAUCAUGGUGCCGGCACCGCGCUGGCAUCCAACGUUACAGUAUAAACUGGAUCAUUUUAAAUCGCAGCAUGCAAUGAGCGGGUUUGCUGGGUUUGUGCCAGAAGCGAGGGAUGUGUUGGGCGAAUCCGUGAACAAAGCUGUUACGGAGACUAGUAGCCAUAAGUAUUCCCCGAGAUAAUAAUUCGAAGUGAAACAAUAACUGUAUAUCGUAUAUCAUUGAAAGCAAGUGAUCGACCUAAGCAUUUGCAAUUUUAUCGAAACUUCAACAGGGGGAACAAGCGUGCCCAAGCAAAAACAGCUCCAAAAAUAAUGAAACAACAACCGGGAACACAUCCCUCUGUAAUUGU